CAGUGUGACGUUUCUGUAAAACGUUAAAAUAGCAAUUAAUUUUGUCGAUUUGUUAAAUCUUGUAAAUACUAGAAAAAUCGGAAAAAUAGAUGAUAAUUUUAAUAUUUUGCACUAAAUUAAACACAUUAAAAUGGCAUUUGUGUAUCAAGGAGAUCAAGAGUUAGAAGCUAAAGCGAAAAAGGCUGCUGAGCGGAUAUCAGAGAACAUGCACAUCGUUGCCAAUGAGCCUUCUCUGGCGCUGUUCAGGCUACAGGAGCACGUUAGGAAGGCCCUUCCGCCGAUGGUAGAAAGGCGAGUUGAAGUCACUAAACUACAGCAUGAACUGCAAGGCAGGUGUUACGAUGUGGAGUACGCACUAGGAGCCGUAAAGUCCAUGGAUGGUGCUGCAACCAGCUUCCAGAACAUCCAAGAUAUGCUGAAGCAAUCAAUUUUUUUAAAGCAACAGUUAAAGUAUGAAGAAGCUAGGAGAAAUAAAAAAGAUUCUAGUUCAGUUUAUAAACGUCUCUCAGCUCAUAUUGUUCUUGAUUUGCCGGACUUGUCUGAGUUCUCUAUGGUUAGGGAAACCACUAAUAGAAUAGAGAAUAUGAUGGCCCAUGCAAGGGGUUCCACAGCAGAACUGCAUAGGUCUCACACUACAUUGCAUUAGUAAUUAGAUUAUCUUUUAUUAUUAACAUAAUUGACUCUCACACAUCUUACUAACAAUGUUUUCUACAUAAUGCUUGGCUCAUCAUACUAAUAUUUUUCACAUUACAUUUUCACAUAGAUCUUGCUCACACACACAUUUUAUAUUGACAGCAGAUCAUGCAUACAGAAACAUGAAAAAUUAAUUAAGAAAAUACACUGUUCAUUUGUUUUCCAUAAAUGUGCCUGGAUUUGCUGUUCAUGUAAAAUGGCCACAAAUUCACAAUUCUACUGGAAAGUUAAGUUUUUCCAUACUUGUAGCAAUGUGUUGGUGAGAUGUGGGGUCAGGGACUUUGUAUUUGAGUGGGUCUUUGGAGGAAUGCUUGCUGUAUGUUUUAUUAUUAGGUGUAUGUUGUAUUGUAUAUUAUAUGUCAGUAUUACUCACAAAUACUAAUCUAGUCUCAAAAAUUAAACUAUCAUUACAUUAA